AUGGCCAAGGGAGGCGCAAAACCCCCCAAGGGGAAAAAGGUCACCCUGAAGGUGGCCAAGACCUGCAUAAAGAUCACCUUUGACGGGAAGCGCCGCCUUGACCUGAGCAAGAUGGGCAUCACGACAUUCCCCAGGUGCAUCCUGAAACUGGAGGACAUCGAUGAGCUGGACCUCAGCAGAAACAUGAUUAAGAAGAUCCCGGAGGCGAUCGAUAAAUUCCAGAACCUGCGCUGGAUGGACUUGCACAGCAACCAGAUCGAUAAGCUGCCGGAAACCAUAGGGAACCUGCAGAACCUCAUUUUCCUGAAUCUCUCAAACAACAAGCUCACCGCCCGGAGCUUGCCCAUGGAGCUCAACCAGCUCAAGAGCCUGCGAAAUCUGAACCUCGGCCUCAACCACAUCGACAACCUCCCAACCACCCUGGGAGCUUUGAAGGAGCUCCAGGAAGUUGGGGUGUUUGAUAACCUGCUGACCCUGAUCCCGAACAGCAUCGCAAAGCUCCCCAAACUGAAGAAGUUGAACGCCAAGAGGAACCCCUUUCCUGGGCCCACCGAAGAGGAAAUCUUUAUCGAUAACAUCAAGCGCCUCGAGACGCUCUACUUGGUAGAAGAGAAAGACCUUUGCCCGCCAUGCUUGAGGAAAUGUCAAGAAGAGAGGGACAAGCUCAACAAGCUGAAGAAUACAGUGCCCCCACCCCUCAGAAAGGCAAACUUUUCAAGCCUCAUGACCCCCAACUCCCUGGCAAAGGAGAACCAAGCCGACUGGAGGUGA